UUCGUAUCAACGCAGCUCUCCUGGAUCAAUUAAGAACCUCUCCUCUAUCGAUUUCAUUUCGUAGCGUUGCCUGUAUACCAUGAACGCAUCGAAAAUAUUUACUACGCGCCGGGAGUGCGUGGCGAUGUACGCGUGCUGAAUCAGGUGCUCGCGCGUUACAACGAAUCCGUGACGUCCAUUCGGGACGGAUUCGAAGCAGCCAGCGAAGGAGGCUGCGAUGCGGGAAAAUUGAUUACAUGGUGCUUUGUUGUUAUCGGAACUCUCGCGUAGACCGUUGCGGUGUAUCUAUAUUAAGGAAGGAAGAUUUGCGAAGCAACGUAACGGAGAGAGCGUGUGAGCGACGGUUCUCUGGAGCAUAAAUGGCACUGCUAUUCACCAGCAUGUGGGACUCAACGAUGUUCCUGAGCACCUUAACCCCAAAGUUUUAUGUCGCCCUCACCGGCACUUCGUCCCUCAUAUCCGGUCUAAUUCUUAUCUUCGAAUGGUGGUACUUCAGGAAGUAUGGUACUUCGUUUAUCGAGCAGGUAUCAUUGAACCACAUCUCGCCGUGGAUCGGCGGCGGUGACAGCACCAACGACGGCAACAACUCCAGCCUGAACGGUUCCGGCUCUUCGAAUCAGCAGAACGUGCCCGAGUGCAAAGUAUGGCGCAAUCCGAUCAAUCUGUUCAGAGGUGCGGAGUACCAGAGAUUUUACUGGGCUACCAACAAGGAGCCUUUGACAUAUUAUGACAUGAAUCUGUCAGCUCAGGACCAUCAGACGUUCUUUACCUGCGAAGGUGACACAGGUAAAGCAGAAUAUGAAAUUAUGCAGACAGCUUGGAGAGAACGUAAUCCAGUAGUGAGGAUAAAAGCUGCACAUAGUGCUCUUGAUCGUAAUCCUGACUGUGCACCAGCUUACAUCCUUCUCGCAGAGGAAGAAGCCAUUACUAUCGUGGAGGCCGAGAAGAUCUUAAAACAAGCACUGAAAGUCGCCGAAAACAAUUACAGGAAGUCACAGAAUACUCAGCACCAAGGCUCCAUUGCCGAGGCGAUACAUAGACGGGACACAAACGUAUUGAUCUAUAUCAAGAGACGACUAGCGAUGUGUGCGCGGAAGCUGGGAAAACUGAAGGAAGCGGUGAAGAUGUUUCGUGACCUCACGAAGGAGGUGCCGCCGAUCAUGAAUGUAUUGAAUAUCCACGAAAACCUGAUAGAGACCCUGCUGGAAAUGCAGGCGUAUGCGGACGUGCAAGCGGUGUUGGCCAAGUACGACGACAUCAGUCUACCGAAGUCAGCGACCAUCUGCUACACAGCAGCGUUGUUGAAGGCGAGACUGGUAGCGGACAAAUUCUCGCCCGACGUCGCCAGCAAGCGAGGUUUAACUACCGCCGAGAUGUCAGCGGUGGAAGCGAUUCAUCGGGCGGUGGAGUUCAAUCCGCAUGUACCCAAGUACCUCCUGGAAAUGAAGCCACUCAUUUUACCGCCCGAGCAUGUGCUGAAGCGCGGCGACUCCGAAGCGAUCGCAUACGCUUUCUUCCACCUGGCCCACUGGAAGCAGAUAGAGGGAGCCCUGAAUCUGCUCCACUGCACGUGGGAAGGCACUUUCAGGAUGCUGCCUUAUCCGUUGGAACGCGGACACUUGUUCUACCCGUAUCCGACCUGCACGGAAUGCGCCGACCGGGAACUACUGCCGUCGUUCCACGACGUGAGUGUGUAUCCGAAGAAAGAGCUUCCUUUCUUUAUUCUCUUCACAGCCGGCCUAUGUUCUUUCACGGCGCUGUUGGCCUUGCUCACCCAUCAGUAUCCAGACACGAUGGGCGUAGUCGCCCGCUCGAUGCUCGCCUGGUUUUCCCAUCCGUUCUACUACAUCCUGGACAAGCUGGAAGCCAUCUUGCCUUCCAACUUACUGCAGCAGCUCUCUAGAAUAUAAAGUUGUCUCUAUGAUCUCCGUAAAUUAUUCAUAGCAAUUUCGGUUGUACGUAGAAUGGACAUUGUUGUCUACAAGGAUACCUAAAAGUGCAGAAGCAUAAUAUAAGCAAAACUUCAAAUGUGUCAUAAUAUAUAAGUACUUUAAUCGACGGACCGCCCAAUAUCGCUUGAUUGUACGUCCCCGAUCGAAAGCAUAUUCCGUCGAAUAUUAUAUUGAUAAUUUAUUUAUAAUCUCGAGUAUCUCGCUGGUUCGAUUGCUCGUAUAUUAUGCGUCUGCCUUUUCCGUCAUUUUCUGUACGACAGCUUUUAGUGCGCACCAAUGCGCAACAAAUUCGCUAUAAAACUUAUUGUUAUAUUCA